ACAUGGAUCCAGAUGACAGAAACAGCUUGAAAAAGGACAAAGUUGCCAUGAAUGUCAUCAACAAGCUGAAGAAGGACAGAGACAAGGACCUGAGCACAGACAGAGACAUACAGGACCUGGCUGCCAAGCUGAAGCGUCUUCCUCUGACGGAGAAGAACUUAAAAAUGUUCAACAACGCCACCGAGAACCGCAUCCCCUCCAAUGACCACCAGUUCUCCUGCGGGGAAUGUGACAAGAUGUGGUGGAGGAGGGUUCCACAGAGGAAAGAGGUGUCCAGAUGUCACGGCUGCCGGAAGAGAUAUGACCCGGUGCCCCGGGAUAAGAUGUGGGGGUUCGCCGAGUUCCACUGCCGGGCCUGCAACCGCAUGUUCAAGGGAUUCUCUCAGAUGGGCUGCGCCUGCCCGUGUUACCUGUGUGGAACGCCCGUCCUGCCCACUCACAUACUUCCUCCACGCCGGAACAAGGGCCCACGGACCCGCAACCCUCACAGCUGCUUUGCCGAAGACUGCUACAACCGCAGAGAGCCUCACAUUCCGGGCAUGCAGUGCGUCCACCCUCGAAGCAGAGCCAAAAACCACCAACCCAAAGUGCUGUACGGCAGCGCCCAACAUGUGAGCACGGGGUCCACCGUGGCCACUUGCUUGAGCCAGGGCAGCCUGAUCGAAUGCGACCUGGAUGACCUCAUCAUGGAUGAUCUCAAGGAGACGGAUGAAGAGGAGAGCGAUGACAACGACAGUUAAAGACCAACAGUGGGUAACCCCGGAGUCCGCAUGGAGUGUCCAC